GACAGGCUGGAGAGACAGUACACAGCAAACAGAAUCCUGAAAUGGAUCUUACCGACACCAGAAUUCCUGUCACCUCACUGCGGAUCUAUGACAGCGAUUCUAGAUGUUCAGACGGACGAUCAGAACCCUUCUGUCAAAAAAACAGAUGUCUUCCCCCCAGCAGACAGUAGGUGGCAAAAGAAGGCAACUGGAAAAGCGAGGGGUAACCCGACAAAGAUAAACUCCAACCCCAUCACAGACUCACGGGUUAUCAUGGAGGAGAAAGCAAGAGAAGAUUUACUGUGGGACCUUGACACCAUCAGAGAACAGAUUGAACAGGAAUUCAAUAAGGAACCGUCCGCUUUCAAGGAAGCACCGAAACAAUCAAAACAAGUGGAGCUGCAAACAUACAAGAGGAGGGACAAAGCUCAAGCCGACAACAAGCGUCAGCUACAAGAGGAUACAGGACCAUCUGGAAAGGGAAUGGGCCCAAAACGAAGGAAGGUCGGGGAGUCAUCGCAGGGUAAGGAAACCGAAACGCUAGAGAAAGGGAUGACAGGAGAAGGGAUGGAUUUGGACUCAACAGGCGGCGAGGCUGACGACGAAACACGAGGGAAGAACAACACACCUGAGGCCGGCUCCACAGAAGGAGAGGACCAAUCCACACAGUCCCUAACCUGGCUCAGAGACUAUAUGGAAAAGGCGAAGAGGGAACGGGAGCAUGCCUUCGAUGUACGGGUCGCCUGCUUGAAACAUGCAGAGAGACCCCAGGUGAAUGGUAAGAAAAAUGCAAUUGCAGGGAUCAGCAACUCAUCCAACCAAUACGAGAUGCUUAAGAAGGAGAGAGCUGAGGAAUUCUCUGAGUUUGCUGCUUUCAAGUACGCAGAAAAGAAAAGGGCAAGGGACCCACGAACAAUGGACAAAGAUAAAACCAUUCCCACAAUCAAUGACAACCUUCAGGAUUUGCGUCCCAAGGCGAGGAAAACGGGGAAGAACCAAAGACGGAAAGAGAUUAACAAUGAACGAGUUGAGGUUGAGGUGAAAUCGGACCGUGCCUUACUGGAGAAAGAAGCCGCUGUUGUCCUGUCUCAAACGGAAAAGCUCAAGAAAUGGAACAAGGAAUAUGCCCCCGAAUUCUCAUCCAUUGCUCAGAUCGCACGUGGGGAGGCCCCAAGGGUGAUUGAAGCGGCCAGAUCAGCCCGUAGAACACUGAGGAACAUCCGGCCUCUCAUCACAGCCCGGUACGUAAGCAAGGCAAAAGAAUGGCAAAUCGCAACAGAUGUAGCCUUUAAGAUUCCCCACUUCGUAGAAGGUGAGAACGUGAUCAAAGUCUUGGAAGGGAAGGUCACAACUGAAUCCCCGUUGGAUCUAUUUGAAACUGUGCCCAUUGAGGAGGAGUUGAACGCUCUCGACUCACAAGAAGGAUCAGCCACCCCACCCAAGAACUCAAAUGAGGUCGAUGAACUAAACAGCGAUCUUCAGAUGCGGAAUCAGAAGUUGGGGUCCCUGCAGGAGGAGCUGCAACAGGAGAGAUCGAAGGUUUCGUCCAUGAGGGACGAAAUGAAGCAACUCAUUAACUUCUCCGAACGUUCGCACGAUGAAGCCACAAAAUUUCAGAACCUUCAGGAGAAAUACUCAGAACAAGUCAACCGCCUGCAAUCCGAGCUGUCAAAAACAGAGUCAGACAAGAACGAACUGCAGCAAACACUGAAGGAGUUGCGCCAGAAAGAGCAAGUUGAUGAACAGAAAGCAAAGCUUGAGAAUGCCGAAGCCAAGUGCUCACAGGCUGAAAGGGAGGUUGCUAAGCUGAGGGCUGAGACAGAACUUUUGAGAAGCGAUAGCUUGAUAUUGGCCCAGCAGUUGGAGCUCACCAAAGCUAAGCUGGCCAAGGCCAAGGAAGAUGAAGUUGCUGCAGCGCACGAGAGGAAGCAGCUUCAGAGUCUCUUGCCUAAGUGAGAUACAGAGUUGGAAAUAAAAGAAAAAACUUUUAAAAAGCAAUAAAUUUUUGAAAGACGA